GACGAUGGAGAAUUGGAGCUGGAAGACGGGAUACACCGGCAAAGAGGCCAGCUGGACGCAGCAGAGGCCUUGGCAAAAGGCGGUGGCUGGCCGGGGCGAGCGUUCGGCCUACAAUGCCGGGGAGUCUGAGUAUGACGAGCCCUACUACCCGGACCAGCCCGAGGAGGAUAAGGUUCGCGACCGGAAGGGUGAGGUUGAGGUGGUCGGUGAGGAUACGAUCGUCGAGAAGGAGAAGAAGACGGGCGGCCGGGUGUCGAGCACCUACCCGCCCACCUUCCGGGCGAAGCCUCAGGAGAGCUAUGCUGAGUGGAAGAGGGCCGUGGAGUUCUGGAUUGGAGGAGAGGGCAGCCAGCUUCCUCCGGAGCUCGUUGGGCCGAGGAUGAUGGUUCAACUUCGGGACCGGGCGGCCCAGCUUGUGAAAAGGCUGUCCAAUGCAGACGUGAACGGCCCGGACGGCAAGGAGGUGAUUUUUCGCGAGCUGGAGAAAAGCCCUCUUAUCAAGCAGGUGGACAAGCACAAGUCCGUCGAGAGCUACAUCACGCGGGCCUCUUUGUAUAGGGGGCAGCUCCUGGGGCUGGACAGUUCCUUGGCGAUGGGAGAAGCGUUUUAUGUUGGGCACCUGCUGGACCAUGCCCACCUGAGCCGCAGGGACCGAGCUAUGAUCAAGACCAAGGCGGGCACGGAUACUGACGAGAACCUGGUUACUUGCGCCAUGGUGGAGCUGGCCUGCGAAGGUGAGCCUGGGCACCCGCUGGGCAUGUCCGAGCCCACUCCAAACGGCGAGGAGUGGCUUCUGCAACGAGGCGAGCAUCGCAACCGUUUCCAAGGACAAGGGCCUGGCCGGAAUGUGAGUGGGGCCCCUGGGAGCCGAGCUGCACGACAGUCGUUUGCCGCGGACUGGGAGGAGGCCUCGGAAAAUCCCGUUUUCGAGGAGGGCGAGGACUCCUUGGACGAAGGGGACAUGCCGCCCGAGCUGUUGAUGAGGGAGAAUGAGGCCUUCCGCAUGCAGUACAAGGCCAAGCAGAAGAUCGAAGAAGUGAAGAAGCUGAGACAGUACUACCGCAAGCCGGACAACGAUGCGAAGCGCAAGGCUUUGGCGGAGCAGAUGAAGGUGAAUCCCUGUCACAAUUGCGGGGAACUGGGCUCAGCAGGCUUUUGUGCCAGGGCUCGGGCAAUGAAGCCAGUUCUGGAGGAGCUGGCGGAUCGUGAAUGGGAUCUGCUGUUGUCUAUGUGCAGCCGUGGGCCACAGAGCUCAUCCGACGUGAGCGUGGGCCCCCGUCCGGCGUACAAGGGCCAUCAGCACCACGAUGUUCAUCAUGUUGUGCACCAUGUCGGCCUGAGCAUGAAUGAGGUCGAAGGUUAUGAGGUGAUGUGGUCAGUGCAAGAGCUUGCCUUCAAGAUUAUAUUGGAUAUCGGGUGUAUGCGGUCGGUGGCUGGGGUGCAUUGGGCAAACCUGUUGGUUUCUCGUUGGAAGGAGGAAGGGAGAUGGCUUCAUGUCGAGCCCGAGCGGGAAACCUUCAAGUUUGGGGGCGGGGAGGUGCUGGUGAGUCGCUUUCGAGUUUCGUUCGUGGGGAGCUUUGCGGGACGUCCGGUCCUCUACGGCUUUAGCAUCGUCGAAGGCAACUGUCCGCCCCUUUUCUCGAGGUCGGGAUGUACACAACUGGGGGCCAGCAUAGAUUGUGAGAAGCAUGCAGUCUCGUCACGCAAGUUGGGGGUGAAGAAUUUUGGGGUGGGCCAGGACAGUGGACACUACACGUUGUCUCUUGAUGAGUGUGAACCGCAUUGUGUGGAGCUACCAGCCGAUUUCCGCAUGGAUGCCGGAGUGGAUGCCAUGCUUGUGACCCCGGCAGCCUUGCGGGAUCCAGAGGGUAGCUACAGUUCCAGCCCGAGCGGUGUCCAUGAGCGCGCCGGCGACUCCUCGGGGACUGCCCCACGAUCGGGAGGUGGAGUCCAACGACGAGGACCAGGUCAAGGAGAUGGAGCACGACGGGGAGACUCGCCCACGGAGAGCGGCCCCCCGAGGCCCGAGCCGAAGUUGGCGGUGAAGGGCCGCCGGGCGACACCCACGAUGGGGUCUUCGGAGGGGUACAUCUUGGUGGAGGAGACGACGCAGGGCCUAACCCAGGACGAGAUCACCAUGCUCAACAAGCGGCGGGCCAAGCAGGCGGCCUCGAAGGCCCAGGCUAUUCAGAAGAAGGCCUUGACGGGGGUGCACGCCGACUACCCGUCGCUGUCCCAUGCCUGGAGCAACGAGGUUGCCCUGAACCUGGUAACCUCUACCGCGAGCAGAAUGAGGACGUACCUGUGGAUUCGGAUCAAGAACGCGGUGCAGGCCGACGGGGACCGUGGCGUACCUGUUCGGCCACUUCGGGUCGAUGCGUCAGAAAAUGCAGGCCCCCGAGACGUGGAGCUUGAUGUGAAGGCCGUGGCCAGCCGGCCGAGGCCCAAUCGGGGCUUGCACCAAAGGCUCAAGGCUGGCGUCCGACAGGCGAAGGAGGCAUUGGCGGUGGUGGAGCGCAUUGUUCGGGGCCCCGGCAAGAAGUUGUGCUUGGAGAUUUUUGCGGGGCGUGCGGGCUUGAGUGCACGAGCCCGACAGGCUGAUGGUUGGAUGGCGGCCGCCCCGGUGGACCUGGCGACUGGUUGGGAUGUCACGAAAACGGCCAGCCAGCGGCAACUUUUGGAGUUGAUCGAGAAGUGCCAGCCCGACCUUGUCCUUUGGAGACCGCCUGUGGGAGAGGCGGCGAGCCCACUUGCCUCUCUGGAGGUUGACCGCCGAGGUGUGGCGCCGCCAGGUGGAUGGAGGACGGAUGGUGGUUCUGGUGCAGCCUGUGACCUCACAACCUUGCAGCUGAACUUCAUGAAGGACCGCGAGGAGGUGAUCCGAGGGGUGGUACCAAUGUGCAGCUUGGGUCGGCGCGACCCCGACACCAAGCGGCCCUACUUGAAGAAGGUAGUGGUCGAGUCAAACUGCUCGCCUCUCAUCCGCUACCUCCUCCGCGGCGCCUACUGCACGCACAAGGGCGAGGAGCAUCAGCCGAUCCGAGGUUUUUGUCGUGGAGAUGGUGGCUGGGCUCGUCGCUCGGAUAUGGCAGCGAGGUGGCCGGAUAAGUUCUGCAGCUGCCUCCUUCAGGCCGCCGAGCACGCACUGAAGCAGGUGAAGGAGGCGGGACCGUGGGCGGUGCACGAAGCAACUUGUGGACCUCAGUGGGAGACGACCUUGGCAGUGUCGAGCUCGACGGUGCCGGAUGAAGGGCUAUGCCAGGAGCUGCCCAAGUACUCCAUGACAGGGGAAAGGUACGAUUUCGUGUGUUUCGAUGGCGCUGCGAACCAGCAACCGCGGCGACUACGUGCUCUCGUUGCCCAUUUACAUGUAGCGCUCGGCCACUUAUCCAACGAGCGGCUGGGACGCACGCUGAGCCUGAGUGGAGCAAGCGAGGCCGCGGUGAGCUUGGCGUCGAGUCUAAGUGUCAACUUCGCGGUCACGCACUACUUGGACGCCCUCACCGACUACCACGUGGCUGACCUCACUGACAGGCCAGACUCCGCCUUCAGCCGGGAGGUGUUUCAGGACUUGUGGCUUGCGGUGUUUGGACCCCCUGACACCUUGGUUACAGAUGGAGGGCCGGAUUUCCAGGGGUCGGUGGGCGUGAUGCUGGAGCUCCUGGGCAUCGUUCAGGAAGUGGUGCCCGAGGGUGCCAAGUGGCGACUUGGCCAGGCCGAGCGGCACGGUGCCGUGUUGAAGUUGAUGAUGAUGAAGAUGGUGAAGGGCAUGGGCCUUCGCGGGCUCACAAGGCGGGGUGUCACCGAUGCAAGCCGUCACCGGGAGGUCAAGUUCAAGUAUAACGAGGCGGUGGGCCACAGCGAGGCGAUCGCCCGAGCCGAGCGCAUCCGCAUUGGGGCUGGAGGCUUUUCAUUGGCUGGACUCGCACGACGCCUUGAGGGAGCCAUCGUCUACGUCUAUGAGCCCCCAGCCUCGAGAAAGGGCCUGGCGAGGCGGAUGCAGGACAAUAGCAGCUGGAGUGGCCCAGGUGUCAUUGAGCGAGACCGCCCGGUGCCGCAGAGGGUCUGGGUUCGGAUCAGGGGCCGUGUGAAGGCCUUUCCGUUGGAGAAGUUGAGGCUAGCCACGGUGGAUGAGAUGGCCAGCUCUGAGUUCAUUGCCCAGGCCGUGACGGACGUGGAGGAGGAGCUUCGCGGUGGGCAGCUUCGCGUGGGAGCUCCUGAGGAGACUGAAGACCCCGAGGCCAAAGCUACACGCGAAGACCGGGCCAAAGUUCUGGACGACCUUCCUCACCAAGUGGCACGCAACUUGGAUGACAAGAGGAAGCGCGAAGCUGAGGCGGCCAUGGACCCCCACACCCUCAAUUUCCAGAAGAAGCAGAAGCUCUUUGAGUCCCUGGUGAAGCAGCUCGAGCCACCGACUCCCUUGGAGGAAGCCGGUUUGAGGCGACAUGUUGAGGACACCUACUUGAAGUUCAAGGGCGUGCGGAAAGCCUUCAAGGCGAAGCCCAAGGGUGGCGGUGAGCGUGGAGGACCUCGCGCCCGGCAUGUUCAAACCAGCCUUGUGAACGACACCCUGGGGCAAUGGUCUCUUUGGGGAGAGAGCGGGCCCUACGCCGAGCACGAGAUCCUAGUGCAGGUGAGUCAGAAGGCCGCCGCUGCAGAGAUGGACGGCCUCACCCAAGUGGUCACGGGGAAGGCCUACGUGGAGCCGCUGAAGAAAGCCGUGGGCGUCUACCUGGACCACGACGGCAUCAAGGGCGUGGCUAAGGACCAGCUGGUGGAUCCCUCAAGGAUCCUUAGCUCGCGCUUUGUCCUUACGAACAAGGGCGGCCCGAGUUUGCCCGAAGCCGAGCUGCGAGCUCGAUGGAUAUUCGGGGGGCACAAGGACCCGGAUGCUGGACUCUACGCUACGGCUUCGCCUACGGCUAGCACCUUGGGGCACAACUUGCUAAACUUUGUGGCGGUGCAAAAGGGCUGGGUCGUGCAUUAUGAGGAUGUGAGUUCGGCUUUCCUUCAGGGGAAGGCCCUUCCACGUGUUGAGAAAGUGUAUGUGCGCGUUCCCCACGGCUACCCGCCAGAGGUGCUGGAGUACUUGACCAAGCGCUUGGGCGGCAAUGUGCGCCCAGACCUUGUGGAGUUGACCAAGGCCGGUUUCGGUUUGCCUGAGAGCCCACGGCUAUGGUACCUGGAGUACAAGGACACUAAGGACACCAUCGAGGCGCUCGGGCUAAAGGAGUUGGCUUUGGUGCCAGGUCUUUUCCGGGCUUUCCACCCGGAUGGUGCCCUACGUGCUAUGGCCUCGAUCCAUGUGGAUGACACCCGUUAUGCUGGGACGAUGGAGAUGGAAUACUCCAUGACUGAGUACACCAAGGCGAUCCCGCUGGCCAAGACGCGGGGCGAAAAGGCAGGGGACCAGCAGUCGCCUUCGUCGGCUACUACCACGACUUCCGGGGGCGUUUCAAAGGUGGACGGGGUGGCUUCAGCGUCUACUACCACGACUUCCGAGGGCGUUCCAGAGGUGGACGGGGUGGCUUCAGCAUCUACUACCGCGACUUCCGAGGGCGUUUCAGAGGUGGAUGGGGUGGCUUCAGGUCCAUUGUCGUUAGACGCAGAAGUGAUCUCCUUGCUGUCCGAGAAGGUCGUGGACCCGUCGGAGGCGUUGACUGAGGGCGAGCGCAAAGUCAUCAGCUCCGUGGUGGGUCGUUUGAAUUGGGCGGCACGGCAAGGCAGGUACGACUUGGCCUUUGUGUCCUCGAGCAUCCAACAGUUGGCCGGGCAUGGGGAUCCUGCCGCGCUCAAGGUGUUGAACCAAGGGGUGAAGCGUGCACGCGAGGACGUGGUCAUCCCGAUCGGCAACCUGGGGUGCGACUUGGAGGACAUCAUCGUGGUGUCGGUGAGCGACGCGGCUUAUGGUGCCAUGCCAGGCGGACACAGUCAAUCUGGGGUGCUGGUGCUCAUGGCUUCGCCCAAGAUCCUCACGGAGACAGCUCCCGUAUGUGCCCUUGAAGGCUCCAGCAGCAAGAUUCAACGGGUGGUGAGAUGCUCGAUGUCGGCGGAGGUCAGCUCCCUGGCGACCUGCUUCGAGCACGGCGACUUUGUGCGGGCGGUUUUCUGUGAGCUGAUCGACGCCCGGUUCCAGUUGCGUCGAUGGAAGCUUUCCGUGUCGCGAUGGCCCCACUACCUGGUGACGGACGCCAAAACAGAUUACGAUGUGCUGAACAAUGACACCCUUCCAACGGACAGGAAGGUGUGCAUAGAUGUGGCCGUCCUCAGGCAGGCGAUCGUGGAGGACGACACCAGCUGUUUUGUGAGGUGGGUGCCUGGGGCGGAAAUACCGUGCGACGGGCUCACGAAGUGGGCAGACAAUCAUGCACUACGGCGACUGCUUACUACCGGAACCUGGGCUCUUGUGGAUAGCCCGGAGGCCCAAGAAAUUCGAAGGCAAGCCGGAAUCAAGCGCGCAGCUUGGAGGAAGGCUGCCAAGAAAAUGUCGCAGACAAGCACGGCUCCAGAGGGGCUGUGA